AUUACGAAGAAUCGAGAAUGAAUGCAGUUCAAAGUAACCAACCGAAGUUGAGUUUUAUUUUGUAUCAUGUUUGAUUUGUUAAUUGCUAGGUCAAUUUCGAGUACAAUGAAUUGGAUUGUUCUGUUUAAGCUCAAGUAUGUAGAUUUCAAUACGUUUGUAUGUGAGCCUAGUGAGAUUAGUUUCAUGAUACUUUCAUUUGUAUAAUUAAUUGGAGUGUUCUGUUUUAUAGGAUCUCACUUGAGACUUUAAAUGUGAGCCGAGUUUUUUUAUUAUACUCCAACAUCUGAACUUUGUACAAUGAAUUGGAUUGUUCUGUUUAAGCUCAAGUAUGUAGAUUUCAAUAUGUUUGUAUGUGAGCCAAGUGAGAUUAGUUUCAUGAUACUUUCAUUUGUAUAAUCAAUUGGAGUGUUCUAUUUUAUAGGAUCUCACUUGAGACUUUAAAUGUGAGCCGAGUUUUUUUAUUACUCCAACAUAUGAACUUUGUACAAUGAAUUGGAUUGUUCUGUUUAAGUUCAAGUAUGUAGAUUUCAAUAUGUUUGUAUGUGAGCCAAGUGAGAUUGGUUUCAUGAUACUUUCAUUUGUAUAAUCAAUUGGAGUGUUCUAUUUUAUAGGAUCUCACUUGAGACUUUAAAUGUGAGCCAAGUUUUUUUAUGUGCACUAAACACUAAAUCCUCAAUCUGUUUUUUUAUAAAUCUGAACUGAUUUCUGUUUCAUGCAAACUGUAUUUGUAUAAUAAAUUCUUUGGUUAUGUUUAAACUCAGUUUAUUAUAUUUCCAUAUGAUUGAAUUAAUGGAUUUUUGUUUCAUGUUAGAAUGUCAUCAUCCUCAACUUCUCCCUCAUCCUUUGGUAAAUGUACUUGGAGGUUGAAGUGACACUGAGAUACUCAAAUACUCCCAGAAAUCCAGGACGACCCUUCCUUGGCUGUGCAAAGUACAACAAUGAGGGCUUACCAUUUUGCAAGUUCUUUAAGCGGGUGGAUCGUACUUUGGACGUAGAGCAAGAACUUCACCAAAUAAAAAAUGAACUAUUAAGGAAGGAUGAAGAGUUGAAAAGAAUACUCGACGAUCUUCAACAGAGGGAGCUUAAGUUCCAGAAGAGAGCUGAUGCGAUUGAGAAAAUGUUAUCCAAUAUACUUGAGGAGGUUAAGAAGAAGGAGUUGUUGCUUUUAAAGCAAGAAGCUGAAAAUAGGCGUUCACGCCUACUACUCCACAAACUUUGGGUUGUUGCCAUUGUUGUUAUCUGUUACAAUUUGUUGUCUAAGUGAUUUAAGACUUCUUCGAUCUAAUUAUAGUUUCAUGUAGUUUAAGUUACUCUAUAAAGCUAUGUCAUUUAUUGUCUUUGUAUUGUCUUUUAAUGUCUUCUGAUGGAAGAUGUAAAUCUGUAGGGGGAAAUGUUUCAUGGGAGAACUGUUGUAUUUUGAGAUUGUACAUUCUGUUUGUGGUUGUAUUCUGAACAUGCACAGUCAGUGUUACAGCUGCAGUUUUUUGGGACU